AUGUAAGUUGAAGCUCUAGUAAAAUUAAAAUAUACAAUAAUCGGUGUAUCCUUAACUAUUUUAUCACACGCUUUUGCAACACAAGGAGAUGUAGGCCAUUCUAAAGUACAAUAAGAUUAUGUAGUCGAUUGCAUAGAUAAUAUUGAUGCUAAAGUUGCUCUUUUAGCUUAUUGUAAGAAUAAUAAUAAAAAAGUUAUUUCUUCAAUGGGUGCAGGAAUGAAGUCAGAUCCAACAAGGGUUUAAAUAAGGGACAUUUCAGAAACUACUUAUGAUGACCUUUCAAGGGCUGUAAGGAUUAAGUUAAAAAAAUUGGGGAUUACUAAUGGAAUAAAAGUAGUACUUAGUGUUGAAAAAAGUUCGAAAGAAUUACUUCCACUUUAAAGACAUCAAGAAGAUAAGCCUGAUGAGUUCAAAGUUUUUUCAAAUUAUAGACUUAGAAUAGUUCCUGUAUUAGGUACUAUGCCAGCUAUAUUUGGAUUAGCAUUAAGUUCUUAUAUUUUGUGUGAUUUAGCAGGUUAGCUUUAUUAGCCGUAUUUAAUUGAUGAUGGAAACUUACUCUUAGCAAGAUGGAACCCUGAAGGAGAAUUUGAAGGAGAUUUUUAAAAGAGUUGA